UACAAAUUGACAUUUUACGUUUGACAUCGUAUUCUGACACUUUUUUGGCCAGUUUCCUUCGUUUAUUUUGUAAUCUGGACUGAUUAUAAAAUAUGUUCUGUUGUGGUGAUUGCUGAUGUAUUUUGAAUAAUUUUUUAUAAAGUUUUCCUCAGUUACGAAAUGUCUUCACCACGCCCGAAAUCGCCCCGUACUCCCGUUUUGCCCAAAAAGGAAGACAAAGAAGAAUCAUUCUGGGAUAAAAUUGGCACCAUUGGACGUAAAAAGCGGAUAAAAGAAGUUCAAGAUGUUCAAGCUGAAGGAAAGUUUGCCAUUGACUCUCCUGGGAGCCCUUCCGCCCCUGAAAUCCCACCAGAAGAAUAUAGCUUGCACGACAAUGAAGAGAGGGCUAUAAUAGAACCUAGAUCUUUAGAGGAUCCAAGGGUAAAAGAACUAAUACAAGUGUUGAUUGACUGGAUCAAUGAUGAGCUUGCUACUCAAAGAAUAAUUGUAAAGGACAUCAGCGAGGACUUGUAUGAUGGACAAGUGUUGCAAAAACUUCUUGAAAUACUUACAGAGACUAAGUUAGAUGUUCCAGAAGUAACACAGUCUGAAGAAGGCCAGCGUCAAAAGUUGUCUGUAGUGUUGAGAGCUGUCAACCGAGUCAUUUAUGGAAGUUCCAAACCAGUUCCAAAAUGGAGUGUUGAUUCUAUACAUUCCAAGAACAUUGUGUCCAUAUUACAUUUGCUGGUGGCCUUGGCACGCCACUUCAGGGCGCCCAUUCGCCUACCAGAGAAUGUGACCGUAAAUGUGGUCGUGGUUAAGAAAGAUACACCCACUCAACUAUCUCACAGAACCUUCGUCGAAACAAUCACAACCACUUACGACGACUUGGGAAUGAAGUGCGAAAGAGACGCAUUUGAUGCCUUGUUUGAUCAUGCUCCAGAUAAACUACAAGUUGUGAAAAAGUCGCUUAUCACUUUUGUAAAUAAGCACCUGAGUAAAGUGAACCUUGAAGUUAUGGAUUUGGAUACUCAGUUCCAUGAUGGUGUAUAUUUGUGUUUGUUGAUGGGUUUAUUAGAAGGCUUUUUUGUUCCUCUCUACGAUUUUCACCAGAUCCCACAAGACUUUGAUCAGAAAGUCCAUAAUGUAUCAUUUGCCUUUGAAUUGAUGCAAGAUGUUGGUCUGGCUAAGCCCAAGGCUCGUCCUGAAGAUAUUGUUAAUCUCGAUCUGAAGUCUACACUUCGGGUUUUAUAUAAUUUGUUUACUAAAUACAAGAGUAUGGCUUAAAUAAAAGCCAACUUGCCCACAAUUGUUUGGAAGUAACUUACUAACAAAAUGUGUUCAAUUUUAGAAAUAUCAAAAGAUAUGCUAACGAAAUUAAUUGCUACUCCAAAAAAGAAUAUAUGACUAACAAAAUUUUAAUGGACGUAGAUUUAUCUUGUGUGUAUGUAUCAAUAAUUUUUUAUUAAGUAUAUUAAUUAAAGUUAUUAUAAUAAAUUACUAACUAAUUAAA